AUACAUAUACAUACAAAGUGUGCAAAAGAUGAGAAUUGUCAAAAUUCUCACAUUAGAUAACAACAAACUUAAAAAAAAAAAUCUGAUAAAUUAAUGCGCUGAUAAUUAAUUUAAUUGAAAACCAACAAAUAAAAUAAAAAGCCGAAAAGAUGUCGAAAAAUCGUACAAUGUUUACAGCACUUUUUCAAAAUUUCUGGAAAUCAUUGAAACCUCGUCAGCAAAUCGGUAGCUUGAUGGGAGAGGAUUAUUUUGGUAAUAAAUACUAUGAGAUUCCGGCACGGCCAGAAAUUGGUAAACGUCGUCCAGAACGAUGGUUUGUGCCAGCUGAUAAAAGUGAUGAGAGUUUCGACAAUGAACUUACCGCUGAAUGGGAAUCAUGGCUACGACUUCGAAGAGUUGAUCCGCCAACAGAUGAAGAGCUCAAACACAAUUUGGCCAUAAUGCAAAUGAAGAAAAUCAAUGCUGCUGAACUUGAUAACAAGUAUUUAGGUGGCGAAGAAAAACCACCACAAAUUACUACGGGUUUGUCUGAUUUUCCAAGAUACGACGAAUACGAGACGGUUGUUGGGAAAAAACCACCAAAAAAAGAAGACUCUUAACAAAUUAUGUGAAAAUUUCAAUCAAUAUUAGUGUAUGGGUGAAAUUAAAGUAAAAUAAAUAUUUA